GAAGAAGAUGGCGUUGUCCACAGUGUUGUGAAAAUAACGCAGCAGAAACGAUUGGGUGUACUGUUUUCUUUGGCCCACACGCGAAGAUUUCUUCAGUAGUCAUGGGGAGAUCAGGAAAGAGGAAAGAAAUUUCACGUUCAAGGUCUAGGGAAAGGAAACGACAUCGGGAUAAAAAGCACGAAAGACGCAGAUCGAGCUCUGAAUACAGCAGCAGUGAAAACAGUAGUGAUGAUGGCCGUAGACGCCACCAACACCGUCGCCGCUCCCGCGACGGGUCAAGAUCAGAGUCACGAUCUCGGUCCAGAUCCCCUCGCCCGAAGAAGCGGCACAAGCAUAGGAAAAGGGCGAGGUCGCGCUCCCGCUCCGGGUCGCCUGCUCCUCACAGGAAAGAUUCCAGAAGGACGGAACAGCAAUUCGAGCCAAGGCAGGCUCCACUGACGAAGGAGGAAAAAAGGCAAAAGAAAGAACUGCUGAAGCUGACGGAGACAGUGGAGCAGAAGAGAGCCAGGCGGCUGGCCAAGAAGCUCGCCAAGGACCGCAAGCGCAAGGAAGAGAUGGGGUGGGAUGAGGAAAUGAUGGGUUACACCAAUGCAGACAAUCCCUUCGGAGAUCCCAAUCUGUUGGACACCUUUGUCUGGCACAAGAAAAAUGAAACGGCUGGACUAGGAGGCCUGGCUCAUGAACACUUGAAAGGAAUGAUGAAGGGUAAACAGGUGGAGAACAGGCUUGAACUGCAAAAAGUCAAGCAGCGCAGAAUAGAGAGGGAGAAAGAAAGGGAACAACGCGAAAAAGAACUGGAGGAGUUGCAGAGGAUGCGAGAGGCCGAGUCGUUUAAAGAAUGGGAAAAGCAAGAGGACAGUUUCCAUUUAAAUCAAGCAAAGCUGAGGUCCAAGAUAAGAAUCCAGGAUGGCAGAGCCAAGCCCAUUGAUUUACUUGCUCAGUACGUCAGCGCUGAUCUGGACGAUGACCUCUCCGUAGAGAUGCAGGAGCCCUAUAAUGUCCUGAGGGGACUAACUAUUAUUGACUUGGAGGACCUUCUUGAGGACAUCAUCGUUUACAAGGAACUAGAGAAGGAUAGCAACCUGGAGUUCUGGAAGGACAUGACGGUCAUCGCGGAGGAUGAGCUGGCUAAACUCAAAAAGAUCAGCCCAGAGGGUCAAGACGGUGCUGACCGUCGUGAAGGGAUCAACGCCUCUGUGAGUACCGAGGUGGCGGGGGUGUUCCGAGGCAAGAAACACAGCCAGCUGCUAGCCCUGAAGGAGCAGAUCAUGCGGCGGAUCAAGAGCGGGAACGCAGGAGUGGACAUCGGUUAUUGGGAAUCGCUGCUGCAACAGCUGAACGCCCACAUGGCCAGAGCACGGUUAAAGGAGCAACACCAGGAGAGACUCAAACGAAAACUGAAUUCGCUCCGGCAGCAGCAAGGUGUAGUGUCUGAUCCAAGAGGUGCCUCCCCUCAGGCCACGGCAGGCUUUGACCCCAGCGAGAUCCCGUUGCCCUCCGACUCGGACGGCGAGGACCACGAGAUCAGGAGGCGCAUCAAGAAGGAGCCGGAGUCAUCAGAGGAGGCCGGCCCCACCCAGGCAGAGGGAGGAGCACCGAGCAAGUCCGCCGAAGAGCCCGAAUCAGUCCUCACUCAAGCAGACCUGGAGGAGGAGUGCAUCACCGAGUUCGAAAAGGGUGGCUACAGCCCAAAGCUGGUCGACCCCAAGGCCCUGCCUCCGGAGACCUUAAUCUUUGACCCUGACGAGGACCGGGCCAAACUGCUGCGUAUCCGUCAGCAACUCAUCACUACAGGAAGUGCGGAGAACACUGUUGAGUUGGAGUUCAUCAAGAAAGCUCGAGCAGGCAUGGAUUCCGACGAGGCAACGUUUGCCGUGGAGGUGGACGUCCAGAGCAAACCCUACCUGUGGUCUGACAAGUACCGACCGCGCAAACCACGGUUCUUCAACAGGGUGCACACUGGUUUUGAGUGGAACAAAUACAACCAAACUCAUUAUGACAUGGACAACCCUCCACCCAAAGUGGUGCAGGGCUACAAGUUCAAUAUAUUUUACCCCGAUCUCAUCGACAAACGAAAGACCCCAGAGUACACACUGACGCCGUGCCCCGAGAAUGAGGACUUUGCUGUUCUGCAGUUCCACACAGGCCCCCCAUAUGAGGACAUCGCCUUUAAGAUCGUCAACCGCGAGUGGGAAUACUCCCACCGGCACGGUUUCCGUUGCCAGUUCAACAACAGCAUCUUUCAGCUCUGGUUCCGCUUCAAACGCUACCGCUACCGCAGAUGAGACUGAUGACAGAGACCCGCUUGGGACGAUAGGGGUUUUAAUUUGUUUUUAUUCUUUACAUUUUGAAAGGGGGGGUUGUAAUGAUAAACUGUUGUAAUG